UGCUGUGUCGUCGUCGGCACUGCCUGGUAUAUUGAUCAUAAAUAUGGAUACAACUUUCAAAGAAGAAAAACCAUCGAAUCCAAGAGCUCAAGCUAAUAUUUUUGAAAUUAUUACUUUUAGUUGGAUCUUAAAACUCAUUAAAAAAGGAUUGGAAAAAGAAUUAGAUUUAAUCGAUUUGUACACAAUUUUGGAAAAUGAUUCAUCUGAAUUGUUGGGAAGCAAAUUAGAAAAGUUAUGGAAAAAGGAAUUGAUAAAUUCAAAAGAGAAAAACCAACUUCCGAGUUUUUUGAGAACACUAAAUAAAAUGUUUGGAGCAAAGUUUCUUUGUACAGGAAUUCUAAUAACAAUACUUGAAAUUUUUUGUAGCAUUGGUAUAUCGACUAUUAUUGGAAAACUAGUAGAACAUUUUGAAACUAAUAAAUCAGUUAAUCAAAGCCCAGAUGGAAUUUAUUUAGCAUUUGGCUUAAUAACAGUUUUAUUAAUGAAGUCAAUUUCUUAUAAUGUUUACGAUAUGAGAAUAUCUCAUACCGCAAUGAAAAUUCGUGUUGCGACUUGCAAUGUUAUUUACAAAAAGUCGCUACGACUCAAAUCUAAUUCUUACGAUAAGGCUUCGGCUGGUAAAAUAAUAAAUCUUAUGUCUAACGACGUAAAUCGAUUUGAUAUAUCACUUUUGUACGUGCCUUUUCUAUGGAUUGGUCCUAUAGAAACAAUCGUAGUGACAUAUUUUUUAUGGCAAGAAGUUGGCGUGUCAAUAGUAUUUGGUGUUGCAACUUUGCUAAUUUUUAUACCAUUACAAAUAUGGCUGGGAUCAAAAACGUCUGAAAUUCGAUUACAAACAGCCGAAAGGACGGACAAACGAGUACAUUUAAUGAAUGAAAUAAUUUCAGGUUUACAAGUGAUAAAAAUGUACACUUGGGAACCAUUUUUUAAUAACCUUAUUAAGUAUUCUAGAAAGAAAGAAAUGAACAAAAUUAUAGAAUCAGAUUACAUCAAAGGAAUUUUGUCAUCGUUUUUUCUAUUUAACACGAGAAUUGCAUUAUUUGUAAAUAUAUUAACAUACAUAUUAUUUGGAAAUAAUAUAACCACCUCAAAAGUUUUUGUAAUUAUGUCGUAUUAUAAUAUUUUACGAGGAACAUUGWUUGUAACCUUUCCACCAGGCGUUGGUCUAACUGCUGAAUUACUAGUGUCAAUAAAACGAAUUGAGGAUUUUCUUUUAUACGAAGAAACUGAUAAACAAGCAACAAACCAAAUAAAACCAACAACAGAUCUACCAACAGAUGUUUGUAGUAAAACAAUAAACGACAAUAUAGUGUCAAAUAACAUAAGUAAUGAGAACGAUAUUGCAGUAAAAUUAAGUAAUUUCAGCAUAGUCAUUUCGAAUGCUUCAGCCAAGUGGACAGAUGCUCAAAUUGACAAUACCUUAGAAAAUAUAAAUUUAACUGUAACGCCCGGUCGAUUGGUCGCAAUAAUUGGUCCAGUAGGAGCAGGAAAAAGUUCAUUGAUACAAGCAAUUUUACAAGAACUACCACUUAUAGAUGGGAGUAUUUCUGUGCGUGGUGUAGUAUCAUACGCAUCACAAGAACCAUGGUUAUUUUCAGGUUCUGUUAAACAAAAUAUUAUUUUUGGUUCACCAAUGGACAAUCAACGUUAUAAAAAAGUAAUAGACGUAUGUGCAUUGAAAACAGAUUUUGAGCAAUUUCGGUAUGGUGAUCAGACGGUUAUAGGAGAAAGAGGAUUGUCUCUCAGUGGUGGACAAAGAGCAAGAAUAAAUUUAGCUAGAGCCAUAUACAAACAAGCGGAUGUUUAUUUAUUGGAUGAUCCUCUAUCAGCGGUGGAUACUCGUGUUGGCAAGCAUUUGUUUGAAAAAUGUAUUAAAGAGUAUCUCAAAGAAAAGACUUGUAUACUAAUAACCCAUCAAAUACAACACUUGAUUGCUGUAGAUCAAAUUGUUUUAAUGGAAAACGCAAAAGUUACAAUGGAGGGUUCAUAUCAAGAACUUCAAAGCUCUGGUUUAGACUUUACGAAAUUGUUGGAAUCUUCAACGAAAACUGAAGUUUUAACUGACAAUGAGUAUAAAAGUGAAAAAUCCACUGUCGAUAGUUCUAAAAUACAUUCCACACAUACUGCACAAAAGUUGAUCGUCUCCAAUGGUGCGUCGUCUGUCAAAGAAACCGAGAUCAGUAAUGUACAUGUCCAACCGGUUAACACGGAAACGUGUUCUUCGGGGAAUGUCGGAUUUAAUAUCUAUUCAUCGUAUGUUUUCGCUGGUGGUCGUUUUUGCAAAGUAUUAAGUCUAUUUUCAGUGUGCAUUUUAACUCAAGUACUUGUAUCUGGCAGUGAUUACUGGAUAACAUAUUGGGUUGAUCUAGAAGAUCAUUAUUUUCGUGUUACUGAACUAACCAUAGCUACUGAUAACGUUACGUCUACAACAAUUCCUCCAAGUGACAAAUUAAUGUCAUGGAUUGUAUCGAGGGAAACUUGUGUCAUCGUAUUUGCAAUACUUACAAUCUUAAUUAUCAUAUUUGCCUUUGUCGAGUUGGCUCUGCUGGUAUCUAUAUGCACCUCAGCAUCUUCAAAUUUACAUAAUCAAAUGUUCAAUUCAAUUACAAGAGCAACAAUGAGCUUUUUGAAUAAAAAUCCAUCAGGUCGAAUUCUUAAUCGUUUUUCAAAAGACAUAGGAGUUAUCGAUGAAAUGUUGCCUCCAAUAUUCAUUGAUGUUGUACAAAUUGGAUUGAUGGUGUUAGGUAUACUAAUAGUGGUGGGAAUUGUCAAUGCCUAUUUAAUUCUACCAACAUUAGCUGUAGUAGUAAUUUUUUUCAAAAUGAGAAAAAUGUACAUGAAAACCACUCGUAAUGUUAAACGUCUAGAAGGAGUCGCACGAAGUCCUAUGUUUACCCAUGUCAAUUCCUCACUGCAAGGAUUGGCAACAAUAAGAGCAUUUGAAGUAGAACAAAUACUUUUCCAAGAGUUUUCGAGCCAUCAAGAUUUACAUUCUUCAGCUUGGUAUUUAUAUAUGAGUUUAAGUAGAGCAUUUGGGCUUUGGUUAGAUCUUGUUUGCAUUUUUUAUACAAGUCUUGUAAUGUUUUUCUUCAUAUUGAUUGUUAAUGAUACACAUGGAGGCAACGUUGGUCUAGCUAUCACACAAGCAAUCGGAUUAGCUGGCAUGUUUCAAUGGGUAGUAAGACUGUCUGCGGAAUUAGAAAAUCAAAUGACAUCUGUUGAAAGAGUUCUAGAAUAUACAAAUGUACCUCAAGAAUCAGCUUUUGAGUCAGCUCCAAACAAAAAACCACCCAAAGAAUGGCCAAAUAAAGGAAAAAUUAUAUUUAACAAAUUAUAUCUGCGUUAUGACCCAGAAACACCAUUUGUUUUGAAAAAUAUCACUGUUACAAUUGAGGCUACGGAAAAAAUAGGUAUUGUUGGAAGGACUGGUGCUGGUAAAUCAUCUUUGAUUGGAGCACUAUUUAGGUUAGCUCUAAACGAGGGUAGCAUCAUUAUUGAUGGUAUAGAAAUACAUGAAUUGGGAUUACAUGACUUGCGAUCUAAUGUGUCCAUCAUUCCUCAAGAACCAGUUUUGUUUUCAGGAACAAUGAGAAAAAACUUAGAUCCAUUCGAAGAAUACCCAGAUCAUGUUCUUUGGAAAGCUUUAGAUGAAGUGGAACUUAAGGAUGUUGUGGAAGAUUUAUCUGAUGGACUGAACUCAAAAAUAUCCGAAGGUGGAUCUAAUUUGAGUGUUGGUCAAAGACAAUUAGUAUGCUUGGCUAGAGCUAUUGUACGAAAUAAUAAAAUCCUUGUGUUAGAUGAAGCCACUGCCAAUGUGGAUCCACAAACUGAUAGUUUGAUACAAAAUACCAUCAGAAAUAAGUUUCAAACAUGUACAGUAUUAACGAUUGCUCAUCGUUUGAACACUGUUAUGGAUGCUGACAAGAUACUUGUAAUGGACGCUGGUACAAUAGUUGAAUUCAACCACCCAUAUACGUUGUUGAAAAACAAAAAUGGAUAUUUGUACAAAAUGGUAGAACAAACAGGCCCAAAUAACGCAAAAUUUUUGCAUAGUGUUGCAGCCGAGAGUUUUAAUAGACAGCAGUAUGCAGAUGUCAACAGAUUCUCAAAUUAAAAUAUAUCCCGGCGAAGAAACAAAUGAAGGUAGUACAAUCAUAAAUAUUCCUUGAAAUAUAUAUAUUUAUAUAUUAUAUAUAUUAUAUUGUAUUAUGAGGUUUCUUUAUUAUUUUGUAUUGUAGGUAUUUAAAAAUAGAAUUUUAAAAGUAUUUUUGAUUUAAUUAUAGUUGUUAGUUAAAAUUGAUGUUGAUUGUAAAUUAGUUGUUACUUGUUAGUGUUAUUAAAAAAAUUAAUAAUCUUUGGAUUACCUAAAACCUAUUGUUAUACUUAAAUAAAAAUUGAU